AUGUCGUCUGUUAACAAUAAUGAAGGCAAAAUAUUAUUUUUAGAUGCUCCUGGGGGCACGGGUAAAACUUUUUUGAUAAAUUUACUUCUUGCAAAAGUAAGAUAUGGUGGAAAAAUUGCUCUUGCGGUAGCGUCAUCUGGCAUUGCAGCUACGCUAUUAGUAGGGGGCCGAACAGCUCAUUCUACAUUUAAACUUCCUUUGAAAUAUGAUAGUGACGAUAUUACGAGUGUCUGUAACGUUUCAAAGCAAAGUGGUACUGGUAAAUUGAUGCAGGACUGUUGUCUAAUUAUUUGGGACGAAACGUCAAUGUCCCAAAAAACUUCAGUUGAAGCUUUAGAUAGAACGAUGCGAGACUUGCGUCAUAAUAAUAGUCCUAUCGGUGGCUGCACAGUGUUGUUCUCUGGAGACUUCCGUCAGAUCUUGCCUGUGGUUACAAGAGGGACAAGAGCUGAUGAAGUCAACGCGUCUUUGAAAAGAUCCUACUUAUGGCCUUAUAUAAAAAUAUUAGAACUUAAAACUAAUAUGAGAGUGCUAUGUACAGAUCAAGAUAAUAUAAAUUUUGUCAAAGAUUUACUUUUAAUAGGCAAAGGAGAAUUUCAAGCAACGAAUGAUAAAAUAAAUAUUAAAAGUUUCUGUAAUUCAGUACCCACUAUAACAAAAUUGGUUCAAAACGUGUACCCGAACAUUCAAAAUAUAUCUUCUAAAUCAUUGAAAUGGUUUCAAGAAAGGGCUAUUUUGUCACCAACAAAUGAGCAAGUCGACAAAAUAAAUGAUUUGAUUCUAUCUAGGUUUGACGCUCAAUCACAAAUGUACUAUUCAGUUGAUGCAGUUUUAGAAAAAGAGGAUGCAGUCCAUUUCCCAACUGAAUUUCUUAACUCUUUAACACCUCCUGGAGUCCCACCACAUAAACUAAUUUUAAAAAUAGGGGCACCUAUUAUUUUAAUGAGAAAUUUGAGCCCACCCACAUUUUGCAACGGUACAAGACUACAAAUCAAAAAAUUGAGAAGUUCAUUACUCGAGUACAUACUAUUAACAGGCUGUGGUAAUGGAAAAACUGUUUUAAUACCAAGAAUACCAAUUACCUAUACCCUCAGAUUUACCUUUUAA